AUGGCGGUCAAGCCAUUUUCUGCUCGGUCUUCGAACGGCUACGCUGAUAGUGAUCAAUUGGCGCGACUAGGCAAGAAGCAGGUUCUCAAGCGAAAUUUUGGCUUCAUGUCGAUUCUCGGCUUUAGUUGUACCGUCCUGAUUACCUGGGAAGCUGUCACAGUUCUCUUCGCUCAGGGCCUCAACAACGGCGGCACUGCCGGCGUCAUCUACAGUUUCCUUAUCGUCUGGGUCGGCAACUUCAGCGUCUUCUCUACAAUGUGCGAACUAGUCUCCAUGGCUCCCACAUCCGGUGGACAAUACCACUGGGUUGCCAUGAUGGCACCGCGAUCCUGCGCCAAGUUCUUAAGCUACCUUACAGGGAUUCUGACGGUCGGGGGCUGGCAAGGCUCCGUUGCUUCUAGCGCUCUUCUCACUGGAAACAUGAUUCUGGGUUUAAUAUCUUUGAACAACGACAGCUUUGAGCCCAAGCUAUGGCAAGGCACUCUGCUCUUCUGGGCCAUAUUCGCUUUCGCCGUGUCCAUAAACACCCUUGUCAGUUCGGUGCUGCCCAAAUUCGAGGGCUUAAUCCUGAUUCUGCACGUGUUGGGUUUCUUCGCCAUCCUUAUUCCCCUCGUUAUUCUAGGCCCUCACGGAGAUGUCGAAGAGCUCUUCACGACCUUCGUGAACAACGGCGGCUGGCCAUCUCAGGGAUUAUCCUUUAUGGUUGGUAUGAUGGGCAAUGUUUUCGCCUUUGUCGGUACUGAUGCCGCUUUCCACAUGUCCGAGGAAACUGUGAACCCGUCUGUCGUGGUUCCCGCUUCCGUCCUACUGAGUCUAUUCAUCAAUGGUGCUUGCGGUUUCGCCAUGAUCAUUGCCAUGGUCUUCUGCAUGGGUAAUUUUGACGAUGCUAUCAACUCUGGUCCCGGCAUGCUGGGAUUUCCAUAUAUGUAUAUCUUCAAGCAGGCGACCAAUUCCACGGCCGGUGCUACCGUCAUGGCUACAAUUAUCAUGAUCCUUGGAGCUUGCGCUACCGUCGGCAUGCUUGCCUCGACUUCACGAGUAUUCUGGUCCUUCGCCCGUGACCGCGGUCUCCCUUUCUGGCCCACCUUGUCCAAGGUCGACGACCGCACCACUGUUCCCGUUUGGGCUGUCGCCGUCACUACCACAAUUUCGGUACUGUUAUCUCUCAUCAACCUUGGGUCUCCUAUUGCAUUCAUGAACGUUACGUCCCUUUCGAUUUCCUGUCUCUACGCCUCCUACCUCAUGGCCGCUAUUCUACUCCUCUACCGCCGUACCACCAAAGGUUUCGCGUUGCCAGCUACUUCAGAUCUCCCAGCUCUGGCUAACACCACAGGCGCCGAACUCGUUUGGGGUCCCUUCCAUCUUCCGGGCGCUUUUGGUAUUGCGAACAACAUAUUCACCAUCUGCUAUCUGGCGGUGGUUGGCUUCUUCAGCUUUUGGCCUCCGGUGCUGAACCCAACCCCCGACAUGAUGAAUUAUAGCGUUCUAGUUACUGGUUCAGUUGCCAUUUUUAGCGUUGUCUAUUACUUCGUACAGGCCAGGAAGGACUAUAAUGGUCCCGUUGUGGAAAUCUAA